CCGAGCUUCCUCUCAGCGCGUCCACUCCUUCCCGGUCCUCAAUUUCCACUCCAAAUCUCCCUCGUCAUGGACCCCUACUCCCCAGAAGGAGAGCUCAUCAACAUCCACACCGCCUUCCACGCAGGCGCCUACCAGCAAGUCCUCGACUUCGACACCUCGCCCUUCUCCGCUCCCAACGCACUGCCCGCCCGCAUCCUAAAACUGCGCGCGCAAAUCGCGCUCGGCGGCGCCAAAGACGUCGCCGCGGAGCUCUCCGGCGAAAAGACGCCCGACCUCGUCGCCGUAAGAUUGCUAGCCGAGUACGAAACGGGCAAGGAUGUGCUGGCGGAGGUGAAGAAGCUGGCGGAGCAGCAGGGGCAGGAGAACUUGACGGUGCAGCUGUGCGCGGGCAUGGUGCUGGAGAGGGCGGGGGAGACGGAGGAGGCGCUGAGCGUGCUGAGCAAGCACCAGGGGAGCUUGGAUGCCGUAGCGCUCAUCGUACAAAUCCACCUCCGCCAGAACCGGGCCGACCUCGCGUCCAAAGAAGCGGUCCGCGCGCGCAAAUGGGCGCAAGACAGCCUGCUCGUCAACCUCGCUGAGUCGUGGGUCGGCAUGCGCGAAGGCGGCGAGAAAUACCAGUCCGCGUUCUACGUCUUCGAGGAGCUGGCGCAGACGGCGCAGUCGCAGUCUGCGCACUCGCUCGUCGCGCAAGCAGUGUCGGAGCUGCACCUCGGCCGCCUGCCCGAAGCCGAGGCUGCGCUGCAGCAAGCGGUCGCGCUGGACGAGAAGAACGCGGACACGCUUGCGAAUAUGAUUGUGUUGAAUACGCUGCUGGGGAAGCGGGAGGAGGUUGCGGGGCUGAAGGAGAAGUUGGGGGGUGUGAAUAAGGAGCAUAGGAUUUUGGCGGAUUGGAGGGAGAAGAAGGAUGAGUUUGAGAAGGCGAGGAUGAGGUAUACACCGAAGUUUGAGGUUGCUUCAUGAGCCGGGAGAGGGAUCCAUUUGGGGUAGAGUUGAAUGUGGCCGCUUGAGAUGGCUGGCACUGUGUCCGUGGCGCGCGACUGGGCUCUUCAACGGAGAAAAAGCGCAGAAAAGCUACGAUGAGGGCUUCAGAUCCCUCCAAAAUAGACGAAUAAUGUAUCAGCCAACUACGCAUGCGUAGCAUGCUUCACAUUACGAGAGGUCUUCGAGUAUAUUCCGAAAUGGCCUUCCUGCGAGUCGUUCCCAGCUCCAUCGACCCAGCUCUCCUUGGCCUCUUCCCACUCUCGUUGGUUCCAUCUAGCUCCUUGCCAAAGAAUCCCAACACGAGAUUCCCACCUACACGUCUCGACCACAGGGGCCACUGUAGCACAGUAAUCAUCUUCACCCUAGUCCCGCUGGUUUCUCUUCGGAAAAA